ACCAACCAACAAACUGAACUUCUAGAAACGAAUUUCUUUCCACCUAACUUUUAUUGCCUUCGCUUUCAAGAACCCUUUUCUUACAAAACGGCCGCAGGCGGAAUAUUGAAAAAUUCAUUGCGAAUGUAUCAAACGAUUUUAAUUGAGCUGUUAAAGUCAAAGAUUGGAAAUGAAAAACCUUAGGCUGAGUAACAAUGCCCAAAUAAUUCUUCUGUUGGUCCUCGCCGAGACGGGAAAACACAUUCAAGAAUAGUUUAAGGGGCGAUCGUCACUUGGCAAGAUUGUUGGUCUGUAAGGAUGCAAUUCAUAUCUGAAGGAUUCAUUUCGACUUCACAAGUAAAAUUAGACUGAGAAAAUCAGAAAUUUAUAUGCUCCUCUGGUCGAUUUCGCUGCAUUCAGUGAAACCCUAAAGUGUCUAAAGAAUCCUAUGUCGAAACGUCUAAUAAGCUGAGUCAGGCUGAGGCUUUGAAUAUUUAUUUAUAUAAAGAUUGUUGUUAUGCAUAGAUCGAGAGUUGUGAUGGCAUGGAAUGUGUUUAAGUUUUGCACGGUGAUGAGGGGGCUGGGGUCUCUGAUGAUAUUGUUAGUGUUAGGGAUCGUGGGCGUUACAUAUUACGCGGUCGUGAUAGCCAAUUACGGUCCGGAAUUGGCCAGCGGAGGCUUGGAAACUGCAACUUCUUUUCUUGUAUUGGUGCUUUUCCAUGGUCUGCUGGUGAUGUUAUUGUGGAGUUACUUUUCUGUUGUGGUAACUGAUCCAGGCGAUGUUCCUCCAAAUUGGAGACCUAAUAUAGAUGAAGAGAAUGGAGAAGAUAUUCCAUUAACAUAUGCUGAUUCGGACUUUCAGCAACAAGCACUCUCAAAUGAUUCUUCAAAAUCAAGAGUCAGAUACUGUAAGAAGUGUAACCAGUGGAAGCCUCCACGGUGCCAUCAUUGUUCUGUUUGUGGAAGGUGCAUCUUGAAAAUGGACCACCAUUGUAUUUGGGUGGUCAACUGUGUAGGUGCUCGGAAUUAUAAGUAUUUUCUUCUUUUCUUGUUCUACACUUUUUUGGAGACAACCCUUGUUUCUUUAGCAUUACUGCCACGUUUUGUAGCCUUCUUUAGCGAAGAGGAAAUAGCUGGCUCACCUGGAUCUCUUGCAACUACCUUCCUUGGAUUUGUAUUGAAUUUGGCAUUUGCAUUGAGUGUUCUUGGUUUUAUCAUCAUGCACAUUUCCUUGGUGGCUGGAAACACAACAACAAUUGAGGCGUAUGAGAAGAAAGUCACCCCAAAGUGGAUGUAUGAUCUAGGGAGAAGAAAGAACUUUGAACAGGUAUUUGGAACACAAAAAUUAUAUUGGUUAAUUCCUUCAUAUUCUGAAGAGGACUUGAAAAGGAUGCCUGUGCUGUAUGGACUUGAGUACCCUUCCAGGCCUGAUCUAGAUGCACUGGAACUUUAAUGUCUAUUGAAUUAUUAUAUUCUUGCAUACAAGGGAACAAGUUCGGCUUCUGAACAUUGUUCUUUUACCGUUAUGUAUCAUAAAUGUGUGGCUCUUUUUGGAUAUAGUCACUUGUUUCAUUAAGUACUAGGGUGACUGUAGCUAAGCAGCACCCUCGUUGUACUAUAUGCUCUUCGAUAUGUCAUCUUUUAUACAGGGUUAUUGAGCAUUGAGUCUUGUAUGAUUGAGCACAGCAAGCAAAUGGAGAUUGCAAGAGGCUAGACAUAAGAGACAAGAAAAUUCUGCAUCUUCAAAGCAUUCUUUAGUUCUGUAUAGUUAACAAUAUGAUGGAGAGAAACACCCUGUAAAGCGUUGCUCUUGUGGGCACUGAAUGUGCCAUUAGAACAUUGAAUAUAAGAGCAUGUAUUUUCUAGUGAAACUGAGCCUAGAAAAUUCCGGAAGGUUCAAUCAAUAAAGAAUUCCUAGUUGUUAGCUGUUUUUAUAACA